ACAGCUAGUGGAGAGAUCAGUGAUUAUAUAUCCCGCCUUGUCAUGGUGACGCAGAGCGAUAACGUGGUGACGUCACUAAACUUAGUGGAAAGUCGUUUCCUUACGUCGAAGACGUGUAAAAUAAUGAUACGUGAAGUGAAGAUCUUAAUGCAACUGAUGGAUAUACUUGUUUCGGUGUUUCAAUAUUUUUAUUUAAUCAGAAUGUUUUUAAAAGAUGAUUGCACAAAUUGCGCUAGAAAUGAGCAACGUAAACCAAGCUAUUUCCAAUUAUUUAUUUGAGAAAAAGACUGCAGACAUAAAUUUAGACUAAGUUCAUUAUCACGUGAUGCUCAACGAUUGGCAAACGUUUUAGCACAAUACGUUGAUAUGUACGUUUUGAGCGCGUGUACAAUACACCGUACGUUUUGUACACGCAUCUCCAUAAGCCCACUGCCAUUGACAUUGCAACACAUUCUGCCUGCCUGCUGUCAUCUUCUGUAUCUGUCCAGAUGGUCGAGAGUGCUUUAUCUCCGCCUUACGACGGGAGCGAAUUUCAGGAUCUGUUUCCUGAACUGACUGGGGUGGAACCAGACGAAAUGGUGGACAUUGAAUCGUUGGCUGAUCAUGCUGCAUCGUCUUUGCAACAACAGCCUGAUGACGUUGUAGAAAAUCAGUCAGUUAUGCUGAACGACAACGUUUCCAUUCAUUCACAAGAUAGUUAUUCAGACAGGGGUUCAGUUUACGAGUGUGAUGAUGUUUCAGAGGGGGAGGUGGAGGAACAUGAAGAUGCUGAUCAAUUGCUGAGAUACCUCAUCGCUCCAGUCAGGCAAACUCAAAGUAAGACGAAGCAGCUGAGACACCAAUCUUCCAAAUCCAAUGACUCUGAAAGAUUUUCUGCUAGUUCUCGGGAUCAGGGCUCGACCAUUCAUCAUAUUCAUACAGACUCCCCGCUGCCAUCAGCUGUGGUGACAACACGUAAAUACACUAGGAGUAGGAAGUCCAUGUCUAAGGCCCGAAGAAACGGGCCGAAACAAAUGCCAGCUUCUUCAACAACUUGCUUCACCGUUGUUGAUGAGAAAGGGUCAUGCCAAAGCAUCCAAGGCCCAAACAGAAAUGCUGUUAUGGCCAAGUUAAAUCGUGAGAGGAAGAAGCAGCUCAUGGUAGAACUUGAAGAAAAGGUUGGACUUCUCGAUACUGAAAAUGAUGCCCUUAAAAAGCAGAAUGGCCGCCUACGAAAAAAAGUUGAUAUUCUAAGCCGAGAACUUCAAUAUGUGAAAAAUGUUCUUGCAAACCAAAGCACGCUGUCCAGUCUUCUGAAAAAUAUUAAAGCAACAGGACUUGAGUUUCAUACUUCAAUGCCGUUGCAGUCCAACCCAAGCAGAGUUGCCAAAGGUAUUUCACGUGUGAAUCAGAAAAGAAAAAGGCAGUUUGAUCAUGACUAUUGUCUUGAGCAGAAUGAUGAUGAGUUCCAGCCUCCAAAAGUUGCCAGGUCUGGAAGUAAAGGGAAAAAAGUUGAUGGUGAAACUGAUGCUAAUGUGAAUCUUUCAAACUGUGAUGCAGUAGGAGGAGUUUGUCUUCAUGUUUUAGGCGAGAAUGUCUCACUCGAGUUCUGUUCAAAGUGCAGUGCGAAAGCAAACUUGGCUGGAAGCAGAUGUUGAGCCAUUCUCAAAGAAGCACGAUGAAUGAGACGAGAUCUCAGUCAAAGAAGCUGUUCAUCACUGAUCUUGGCCCUGGGAGUAAUCAGAUGAUCGUGAACUACAUGUAUUUCAUCGCAGAGCAGCAUGUUGAGUGACUGAGGAACAGUGUCAUUUUAUGAUUUGGGAAGCAUAUGGUCGGUUGUUUCUUACCUUUGAUUAAUGACGGUGAAAGUACAGUUGAAUUCAGUUUUUUUUUCUCCAUAAGCCAUAACUCAUAAGUUACUAGUAUUAAGUUAAUUCACAGACUUGUGCUCCGUAUCUUAAAAUCAUUUGACUCAAAAUACAAGAAAAACUCUUAACUACAUAUUGUAGUAUUGACAUGUAAUAAUUUAUAUUAUUAGAUAAUCGUAGGUUUAUUCAUUUCUUUCCUGUUUUGUAAAGAGAAGUCAAUUGCAACUUGUGAGUUUUACUAUAUGUUGCAUAUGGCUUCUCUAUUUUAGUAAUUUCUUGUAUACAAUCUUGUUGAAGAACACUCACUAAUCUUGCUUUCAGUUGGUCUCUUUUCUUCUGUCCUAUGCAGGUCAAUUGCUUAGAGAAUUCACCACAGGCACACCUACAUGUACACUGUCAAGGUCUCUGCUUUAGUGGAUGAUGUGGAUGUAUUCAACCUUUGUCUUCUCUUCAAAGACGGUGCCACAAAGACACACUAAGUUCAUAUGUGAUGAACUCAAAUGGUCGGUUAAGUCUUGUAUCUUAUAAGUGUGCAUGAAAAUGCGACUUGGUGUUGCAUGACCUUGUCUAAACAUUUUUUUCUUAUUUAGGCCUACUCUGCUCAUAUCAUUCAUGAAAAUAUGGUUAUUAGAUUUAUCUGUUUAAGAGCAGCUCUUUUGAAUUUGAAGCUAUUGAGAAAAUGGUAACAUGCCAAGUUGAAGUUAUUUGGAGAGGAACAAAACAAAAAACACCAGACCAAUAGGGAUAAGCCUCCAUGCAGUAGUUGGUACUCCUGACAUAAACUUACUGAUAUGACCUGGAAUCUACAAUGGAAAUGAGUUUUUACUUGUUCAGGAAAUGAUCAAAUUGAAUUCUACUUUCAUUUGAAGGUCUCCAAUUCUGUAUAUAAGCAAAUGAAAAUCAGCAUAGGACAUAUGCUUUACAAAGUUUACAGUCCUAAAGGGUUAAAGAUUUGAAAUGGCAGAAAAAGAAUUUGCUUCAAACUGAUAUCUGCAAUUUUCAGGAUAAAAAUAAAGAAUGAAUUGAUAUUCAAUUACAUUGUAUAUUCAGUUGCAUGUUUAUAUUAUUUAAAAUAAAAAGAUGGCAUAUGUCAAAAGUUGAUUUUCAUUUGUUUACUACCAAUUGUUAAAGACAAGGUACUCUCAGAAAUACUUGACUGCUUUAUCUUCUCUAGGUGCUGUAAUCCGGAUCACCUGCCACAAUUUACAGACUUCUGGUAAGGCAUUUAUUAACAAUUUCCCCGGCCCCUACAGCUGCUUUUUCCCCUCCUUUUUUUCAUCCCUCUGCAUUAUAGAGUUUUAACAAGUCAAUUCAUAGGUCAUAUGUGUUGAUAUUUUGUUCAAUUUUUGAACUAUUCAUCGUAUUUCUCCAUUGAUCAUGUUAAUUGAAAUUAGACAAAUCUUUGUUAGUCCAUGGUAUUUUUUUCCUUUUCAUGAAGUAUUUUAAGGGCUCAUCAUUUAGAUUGUGUACAGGCCUGAAACUAAUUUUUUUUUUGGUUCAUUCUUGGUGUAAGUUCUAUUGCGUAUUUCAAAUGUCAAAACUUCUUGAGUUUUUUUAUUAUUUUUUUACUACAUACAUGUAUAUAUGAAUAUAAUAUUGCUGGGCUACUGCCUGUUGAGUGUAAUUCUAUACCUGAAUCAUAGAUGUGUACACAAAAUUAAAAAGGGAAAUACAAGCAAGAUGUUAUUUAUUUUGUCACAAUUGAUACUUGUAAAUAUCAACGCUAAAUUUUCAUUUUGGUUGAGGUAAAACCUAAGGUAAUACUUUUUAAUUGAAUAUUUACAUGAAUGAGUGUAAAUUGAGCUUAUCAAGUAUAUUGGCAAAAAAUGACUGCAUACUGUGAAGAAUAAAAUAAUGAUAUUGUACAGUUGAAUUUUGUAUUCGCAAACUAUUUGGAAUGUUGUUUUGAAACAAUUCAGCAAAAAAAGUGAAUAAAAAAAAGAAAGAAAAAUAAGAGACAGUGUGUUGAUAUUGAAAAGCUUCAAUUGUAAAUAUACCUUGAGUUGUAUUGUAUUGACACAUUUUAUUUCUUGCGUUUUUUCCUCCCACUCGCUGUGUCCGGGAACCUGUGUUCUCUUGAUUUAACAACAAAAAGAUUUUGGUAAAUGAAAGCAAAAAUGAGAAACAAAUUCAUGAGUGCUUGCGCCUCCUUGCACCCUCCUGAGGUCAAGUACACAUGCUAGUAAACAGUAAGUAUAGAGGUGAGUAAAUGAUAAGAUAAAAUGGGAAUCGAUGCAUUUUAAUUCCUGUGUUCACCUCCACUAUGAUUUGUAAGAUCAGUCAAAAAAAAAGUUCAAAAUUAAACUUAAUAUUAUUAAGUUGUCUAUCUUCUUCCCCUUUGGUAAAGCCAGCUUUGAUAUAUUUUUUUGUACAGUUGGCAGAAUUGUUUUUCUAAAAAAACAGGUGUCUAUAUUUUACCCAUAAUAGAUUCAAUGUCCUGUCAGUAAUAUUUGAAUUAAUAUAUGUUUACAACUUUGUAAUGUCCAAAUCUGCAGAAUCUGUUACAAAAGGUAACGCACAUUGCUCUGAAUUAUUUUUGAAAAGUGUGCAGUCGUAAUUUUACAAUUUGUUACCAAAAUGCAAUAGAAUUUAAAGCAAUUCCUUUCCCUCCUGGCUUUAAUACCAAACAAUGGUCUAGCGUGAAUUAUGAAGGGAAAAUGUUACUGUUAAAAAAAAAUGAUGUCUACCUUAUCCUCGCAUCUGUUUUUAGUCCAUUUGAGAAUGAACUUAUUGGUGUACUUUUUUGUAUGAUUUUGGAAUGAAAGAAAAACUACAUCUUCAUCAUUUUUUUUUUUUAGUGUUCUUUUUCGUUAAGUUGGUAAAAUCACCACAAGAUAUAUUUGUUUUCUUUUUUUUCUUCUUUAAAUCUAAGAUGUGCAUUGCCUGCUCUAUAUUGAAUGUCCUUCAUUGAUGUUUGUUGGGAGGAUUAUGUACACUGUACAAAUGUGAAGAUUACAUAAGCCUUGAAUAAAAAGCUUGUGAUUCUGUAUGUAAAUAAAAAUGUUCUUUGAUCUUGUA